AUGUCGGGAGUAAGACAGGAUCUUGUGGAGAAGGCUGCGGAUUUCUUAAAAAACCCCCAGGUCUUCAACGCCCCGUUGGAGAAGAAGAUUGAGUUUUUGAAGUCUAAAGGAUUGAAUGACGAUGAAAUAAACGCUGCGUUAUCUGGUUCUUCUGAUAACAAUCAGGCCAAUCAUAAUAAUAAUAAUAAUAAUAAUAAUAAUAAUAGUAAUAAUAACAAUAAUAACAAUAAUCACACAGUAAGUAAUGGAAGUCCCGGAUCAUCUUCUACUUUGUUUGAUUUCAACCCAUCAAUGAUGUCUGUUGCUACUCCUCCUCCAAUUCCUACAAGAGAUUGGAAAGAUUAUUUCAUCAUGGCCACCACCACCAUCUCUUUAAGUUAUGGUCUUUAUUAUGUGUUCAAGAAUGUCGUCGUCCCUAGUGUUUUACCACAAUCAUUCAACCAACUAGAAAAGGAUAAGGAAGCAAUCAACCAGGAAUUUGAAAGAGUUCAAGGAUUACUCGAUUCUUUGGAAUCGCAUAACUCUAAGCUCGUGCAGAACGAUAAAGAAAAUUCCGAAAAAUUGGAUGAGGCCAUCACCAAGGUAAAUCAAUUAGUAUUGGAUUCUGAAAAAGUGUUGAACAAAAACAAUGAUGAUUUGACAUUGAUAAAGUUGGAAAUCGAUCACUUGAAAAGUAAUUAUAAGAUGGUGAACUCGUCGAUUGAAUCAUUAGUCGAUUCCAAAUUAACCAAUAUCAACAACGAGCUUGAUUCUCUUAGAAAACUUUUGGCAUCAAGACUAAAUGAAAACUCGGCUAAUGCUUCUGCGAAUAAUGGGGCUACAAAUGGUCUUCCUAAUGGUGGUGGUUCUGUUAGGGGGAUUCCAUCGGUAAGUUCUGUGCCUUCGGUUUCUGAUAUUUUGAAGAAUAGUAAGUUGAAACAAUCGCAAUCAGCAACACCAUCUCCAGCUCCGGAAGUGAAGAACAGUGAUGCUGCUUCUUCGAUUGGUGGUAAUAGAAGUCAAGAUGACAUUGAUAGAAGUGGGGUUCCAGCAUGGCAGUUGGCUAAUAAUUGA